AUGGGAGUGAAGGUUGAUGGUCGGCAGCUACACCAUUUGCGCUUUGCUGAUGGCAUCGUAGUGAUAACAGUUAGCAUCACCCAAGUGGAGCGAAUGCUGACCAAAUUCGACGAAACAUGUGGACGCAUCGGUCUUCAGCUGAAUCUGCAAAAGGUGAUGUUCAUACGCAACGGAUGGGUCUUGAAUGCCCCAUUCACGCUCAGCGGAACGAACAUAUUCGAAUGCACCAGCUACGUUUUGAACAUGAUGAACGACCUGACACCCGAGCUGGGCAGAGGGAGACGAGCGGCUUGGGGAGCGUAUAAGAGCAUCGAGGAUGUAGUGAAAAAGGCCAGGAACAUCCGGCUCCGUGCUCAUCUCUUCAGCACCACCGUACCUCCUGCUUUGACCUAUUCUUCGAACACCUGGGCAUUUCGCAAGCAGGAAGAAAACGCGGUGAGCGUCAUUGAACGCGCAAUUGAGACUAGGAGCAUCCCGUUUCGCGCAAGUGAGGGACGGGAUUCGAAGUUCUCUCCUACGUCAGCGAUCGAAGAUUACAGACGCCGCCGCGUUUGCCAAGGAAAGUAA